UCGCUGUUUCAUUCUGUCACUGUUUUUCCUGCUUCUGAGAGUUUGGAAGAAAAUGUUUAAGAGGAUGGAUUUUCAAGAAGAAGCUGCUCAAUUGAUCAACUCUGAUUUCAGGGACCUGAGUCUAGCUGCUAAUAAAUUGGCCCAACAUGCCAUUAAACUUGGUGGCAUAGGCUUUGGAGCCUCUAUUUUCGGAUUGAUUGCUGCCAUUGCUGCUAUUUAUUUGUUGAUUUUGGAUCGUACAAACUGGAAGACAAACAUUCUUACAUCACUACUCAUUCCAUACAUUUUCUUCAGCUUGCCUUCAAUAAUUUUCAAUGUCUUCAGGGGAGAGAUUGGAAAAUGGAUUGCUUUUGUUGCAGUUGUGUUACGGCUUUUCUUUCCUAAACACUUUCCUGAUUGGCUGGAAUUACCUGGUGCUUUGAUUCUUCUUAUGGUUGUAGCUCCAUCUCUAAUUGCAAGCACCUUUAGAGACAACAUUGUUGGGGUGGUAGUGUGCCUUAUAAUUGCAUGUUAUUUGCUGCAAGAACACAUUCGGGCAUCUGGUGGUUUUAGAAACUCCUUCACUAGAGCUCAUGGCAUAUCAAAUUCCAUUGGCAUAAUCGUUCUCUUAGUCUAUCCCAUAUGGGCGUUGGUGGUCAUACUUCUUUAGGCACCAACUCUUGGACUUGGUUGAUAUGUGUGAAUUAGACCAAUUGCCUUUUGUAUCAUUCAUUUAUUGGAUGUAUCUAGCAAUACUCUGCCAUUGCUUCAUGACCUAUGUCUUAUUGUUUGCAUGUUUUAAAUUGUCAAAUCAAAUCUCAUUGAAAGACUUUUUUGGCUUCAUUGAAUGUAAAAAAUAAAAUGAUAAAAGAGGAUUGAUGUAGUAUAUAUAUUUCUAGCUUCUUGUGUAUUCACAUAUCAAACGUGAU